AUGGCGUCUUCCGAGUCCAUUGAUGAACUUGUCAGGAUAGGCGAUGUCUUGCAAUUUGAAGUCUGCCAGAGAUGCGUCCGCAGCCUUUCUCGAGAUUCUCAAGUCAUGAUCGAGCCGCGCACUACGCCCGGCGUCAGGACAGUUCGAGUCAGAUGUGACAGACGCCGUGGCGCUUGUCAGCACUGCCGCGAUUCGAACACUGAGUGCAGAGCAAUUCCUCCCAACUGUCGUGGUAUGACCCAGCAACUGAUCAUUGCGGCCCUCGACAAUUUCACUGUCAGGCACAAAUUCAGUCGCGAUGCUAUCAAAGCCAUGGCCAGAUGCAUUGACAAGAAGUGCACCGCUUCCAACUCUGAGAAUGAGGUGGGACCUGAAAUCCGUGCACUGGGCAGUGUGAUUGCACAGGGUGUUGAGGCCAUCAAGACAGCCACAGAGUUCGGAAUCAAAUUGCCCCCGUGGUCGGGCGGGCCUCAGGAGUGUUUUCCUGGCACCGUGGGCAUCAGUGACUCAGGGUGUGCUUUCACCGCAAUCGACGACGGCGGCCGCAGACGUCUCAAAGUCUACAAGCGCAUGAGUGACGGUGAGCUCGACUUCGACCAACGUUUGAGUUAUGCAGAUGCUGCUUUGGUGCUCUGGACACCGUCACGCAAACGCAAGGCGAGAGCAAGCUCAGAACCAUGUGGACAUCGCAGCUCCCCAGAAGAGUGUGGAACCACAGGCAACGAGGGUGACAACGACGAAGAUAAAACCACAAGCAACGAGGAUGACAACAAGACUCAGGGCCAUCCCAAAGGGAAACGCAAAUGUCCCAUCAAGAGACCUAGAUUGGUCCCUGGCACUUCAAACAGAAGCGGUGUCAGAAUUGAGGCUCGCGUGUGGACAGACAGUGAGGGUGAGUAA